AUGGCUUCAGAAUCCGAAAUCGCCUUCGAUUUCCCCCGCCACUUCACGGUCUACAAGGACGGACGGAUCGAGAAACCCUGGACCCCGACCCAAUUCUUCGUCCCGCCGGGACUCGACCCGGCCACCGGAGUCGAAUCCAAAGACGUCGUCAUCUCCUCCGAAACCGCCGUCAAGGCCCGCCUCUUCCUCCCCCAAAUCGCCGCCGCCUCCGCCGCCCAAAUCAACAAGCUCCCUCUCAUCAUCCACUUCCACGGCGGAGCCUUCUGCCUCUACUCCCCUUUCAUCUCCCCCAUCACCACCUUCCUCUCCCAACUAUCCGCCGCCGCCGCCGCAAUCGUCCUCUCCGUCGACUACCGCCUCGCACCCGCGCACAUGCUCCCCGCCGCCUACGACGACUGCCUCGCCGCGCUCGAGUGGGCCGCCCUCCACGCCGACGGCAAUGGGCCGGACCCGUGGCUGAAUAAUCACGCGGAUCUGGGCCGGGUCGUGUUGUUGGGCGAGAGCGCCGGGGCGAACCUGGCCCAUUACGUGGCGGUCCAGGCCGGAGCAAAGGGAUUGGCGGGCCCGGGUGUGGAUCUGACCCGGAUGGUGCUGGUCCACCCGUAUUUCGGCAACGAGGUGCCCGACCCGUAUUACCAGUACAUGAGCCCAGGAAGCUGCGGGACGAAAGGGGAUCCGAGGUUUCAUCCCGGGUCGGAUCCGGAUCUGGGGAAGAUGGAGGUUGAGGAGGUGAUGGUUUGCGUUGCGGAGAAGGAUGAGCUGAGGGAGAGAGGGGUGAGUUAUUUUGAGACGAUGAGGGAUGGUGGUGGAUACGGCGGCGUUUUGGAGUGGUAUGAGACACGAGGGGAAGGUCAUUGCUUCCAUUUGUUUAAGUCGGGAAGUGAGGAGGCUGGGGUUCUUAUGGAAAAGAUCGUUGGGUUUGUGAAGCAAGGGUUGAAAGAAUAA